AGUAAUAAAGAAACAUAUGCACCGAUCGAAGAAAAAAGAGAAACAAUGGCUUCCCCAGUAAUACAACAAAGACCAUCAGUUCCAUCAUCUGCCCCAUUACAUAGACUAUCAACAUUUAAAGAUAGAUCAUCACAAUCACCGUUAUCAUCAACAACACCAAACAUUUCAUCUUCUUCUGCAACUUUUUCUUCGUCUACACCAUUUACAUCAAAUUCCACUACUACUACUGUUACAUCUUCUCCUCUUGAUUCAUUCUCUACAGAUCCUGUUUUUUCUGUUUUUCUAUCACAAGAUUUUGAUUCUGCUCGUUUCUCAUCACAAGCCCUAAGUUCCGGUUCAGCAGCUGCUCGUGCUGAGAAAUUAGAAGAAGGGAUUCGUCUUCUUGAGAAACAACUAAGAUCUGAAGUUCUAUCUCGUCAUCAUGAUCUUCUUUCUCAAUUAUCAUCACUUAAAGAUGCUGAAUCUGCUCUUUCCGUUGUUCGGUCUGGUAUUUCUACUCUUCAAUCUUCUGUUCGACGAAUUCGUCAAGAAAUUGCAGAUCCUCAUCGUCAGAUUAAGGUUAAAACUAUUCAACUCUCUAAUAUUCAUCAAACCGCUGAAUUUCUACAAUUUACAGUUAGAGUACUUAGAUUAUCAAAGAAAUUAAGAGAUUUGAUGGCAAAUUCCAGUUCCGAACCAGAGAAAUUAGAUCUCUCUAAAGCUGCACAGUUUCAUCAUGAGAUUCAUAGUUUAUGCGAAGAGAAUUCACUUUCUGGAAUUACAGUUAUCGAUGAAGAAUUGGUCUGGCUUUCUGAGAUUGGAAAUAAGGUUAGAUCAGAGGGAAUGAAGGUCUUAGAAAGAGGAAUGGAAGGAUUGAAUCAAGCUGAGGUUGGUAGUGGUUUACAAGUUUUCUAUAAUUUAGGCGAACUGAGAACAACUACAGAUUCAUUGAUUAAUAAGUAUAAGAACCAAGGUGUGAAGAGUAUAAGUGCUGUCCUAGAUAUGAAAGCUAUAUCAGCUUCAGGAGGUAAUUUUGGUCCUGGAGGGAUUCAGAGAAGUGGUACUCCUCAGAUUGGUGGUGGAGGUAAAGCUAAAGAAGCACUUUGGAAGAGAAUGAGCACUUGUAUGGAUCAAAUUCAUUCUAUUGUUGUUGCAGUUUGGCAUUUGCAGAGAGUUCUGUCUAAGAAAAGAGAUCCAUUUACUCAUGUUUUGCUCCUUGAUGAGGUUAUGCAGGAGGGUGAUCCAAUUCUCACAGAUCGAGUUUGGGAGGCACUUGUAAAGUCUUUCGCAAACCAAAUGAAGUCUGCUUUUACUGGGUCAAGCUUUGUGAAAGAGAUAUUUACUGCUGGAUACCCAAAACUCUAUACAAUGUUAGAAAAUCUUCUUGAAAGAAUUUCACGCGACACAGAUGUCAAAGGUGUUCUACCGGCUAUUAGUUCAGAAGGAAAAGAUCAAAUGGUUUCUGCCAUUGACUUAUUUCAGACGAAUUUCUUGGCUCUCUGCUUGAGUCGUCUCUCAGAUCAAGUUAAUAGUAUAUUUCCUGUUUCCAAUAGGGGAAGUGUUCCCUCUAAAGAUCAAAUUUCAAAAAUUGCACUAAGAAUUCAGGAGGAGAUUGAAGCUGUUAAACUAGAUGGGCGCCUGACUCUACUUGUCUUGCGCGAAAUUGGCAAGGUCCUGCGUCUGCUAGCACAAAGAGCUGAAUACCAGAUAUCAACUGGUCCUGAGGCUCGUCAAGUAACAGGGCCGGCAACUUCCGCCCAACUCAGAAACUUCACUAUCUGUCAACAUCUACAGGAAAUUCAUACACGCAUAUCAUCAACAAUGUUGACCCUACCAUCUAUUGCAUCAGAGGUUUCAUCCGACUCUUUAGGUGCCAUAUACGGGGUUGCAUGUGAUUCAGUGACGUCCUUAUUCCAAGCAAUGCUCGAUCGUCUUGAGGCAUGCAUCUUACAAAUUCAUGACCAAAACUUCGGUGUCCAUGGCAUGGAUGCUGUUAUGGACAAUAGUGCAUCGCCUUACAUGGAAGAACUACAGAGAAAUGUUCUUCACUUCCGCAGUGAAUUCCUGGUCAGAUUAUUAUCUGCAUCAUCUUCAACAAAUUCUCUUUCUUCAAACACAGAGACUAUAUGCACUAGGCUCGUUAGGACAAUGGCCUCAAGGGUUUUAAUAUUCUUCAUCAGACAUGCUGCUUUAGUAAGACCCCUAUCAGAGUCUGGUAAACUGAGAAUGGCAAGGGACAUGGCUGAAUUAGAGUUAGCCGUUGGGCAAAAUCUGUUUCCGGUAGAACAACUUGGUGUCCCAUAUCGUGCCCUUCGUGCAUUUCGCCCUGUGAUUUUCUUGGAGACAUCUCAAUUGGGUGCUUCCCCACUCCUUCAAGAUUUGCCACCAAGUGUUGUACUUCAUCACCUUUACUCUCGAGGACCAGAUGAGUUGCAAUCACCGCUUCAGAGGAACAAACUCACACCUCUGCAGUACUCAUUAUGGAUGGAUUCUCAGGGUGAAGAUCAGAUCUGGAAAGGCAUCAAAGCAACUCUUGAUGAUUAUGCUGCAAAUAUUAGGGUUAGAGGAGACAAGGAAUUCAGCCCUGUUUAUCCUCUUAUGCUUCGAGUUGGAUCGUUAUUAACCGAAAAUGCUUCCUUAUUACAAAAGCCUCGAUGAGCAAAACAAAUGUCAUUCAUACAUGAGUUUUUUUUCUUUGAAGUAUCCAUUACUUCACCGUCCUAACAAUUUUGCACUAGAAAGAUGCUGGUGCAUUAUCGAAAACUUCAUUAGAAAAAAUGGACCAACUACCUUCGGCCAAUUUUCCAUUGCGCGACUGAAAGAGGUAUGUGUUUCCAAUGUGUUUUGCCCGUCCUACUUCUAUAUAUAUUAAUUUCUUCAUUUUAUUAAAUCAAUCUAGGUUCAUAUUUCAGUUUUUGUAUCGUAUGCAAUGGAGGAUUUUACCUGCGUAAUUGUGUUGCUCUUUUGAUUUCUCAUGUGUUUCAUGUCACUUUUACAGCAUGUCUUGUUCAAAUGUAGUUAUUUCUUAUAUAAAAGAUACUUAUUUCCAUAGCAACCUAGAAAUACACUACACUGAAAAUUGAAGCA